GUAAACUAUUACUUUCACUUUUACUAAUACCGAUAAUCCUUUAUGAAAAUAAUAUCAUUUAUUAGUAAUCACUCCUUGGCAACCUUACUUUGUUGACAUAUAUUUGAUUGUUAGGCAUUUUGACAUGUAAACUCGUACUACACUAGCAAUAGCAAUGUUUGCUUUACUUCACUAAACAGUGAUUUCUAUGAGAAAAAAGUCAUGUUGCUUUGUACAUAAGAACCACUCACGAAAAACAAACGUUGGACUUUUUGUAUAAACAUAAACAUUAAACAUCAGAGCUAUUGAUUAAAGUGCUACAGUGUUGACAUUAUGUCUGUUAAAAGAGCCGAAUAUGAUGACUCUAUAAAUGACUCCUAUGCAGAUUUUCUCAAAAAGAAAGAAGCAAAAGGAAAGUGGAUCUCAUAUUGGGCAGUUCUCUGUCAAAACUAUUUGAAAUUUUAUGAAACGAAUAAGUGUGAAAAGCUUCUCGGUAGUGUUGAAAUUGAAAGUCGUACAAAAUGUGUUAUUGCGAAGCACAAAAGCAAGAGUUAUGAGUUCACCGUUUGUGCAGCUCAUGGUCGUUAUUUAUUCAAGUGUAUGACAGAGACAAAAAGGCAUCACUGGAUGAGAGCUAUUCACAUUGCAAUACAGUCAUUAAAACGUGAUGGUCCAAAUGAAAACAAAGUUGAAGAUUUAAAGGGUAUUAUCAACGCAGUUCAUGAAGACGAUGAUAAUGUCAGUUUACGAACGAAUUUUCUCAUGGUUGCGCCAUGUUUAAACGUCUCGGAAUCUUUAUCAUUCCCAUCGAUACAAGGUUUAAUGGAUGAAUGCGAAAACGAACUGGAAACUGAAAGUAUGUUGAAAUUUAUUGUUAUGAACGUUUGUAUGUUUCAUGGUAUGAUUGUUUCUUAAUAAACACUUCAGUCAUCACUAAAAACUAAG